AUUGCCAAGAUGGCGCCGGUAGCGGUGGCCGCGGCGGCUGGAGUCGGAGAAAGAGGCGGAGGCAGUGGCGGCCGCGAGGGGAGGGGGAGUCCCGUCUGACUGAGACGGCAGGCCUGGGCGGGCGGGGGUGCCGCGGAGGGCGGAGCGCCGGGCUGGGGAUGAGCUAAGCGGGCUCAGAGCGCCGCGGCAUUCCGCCUCUCGUGUCCCGCUGCCGCGCGUGAGGGAAUCCGGCGCGGCUCUUCAAGCUCGAUCCGCUGCUCGCUCGGGAGCCAGCUGGGAGUUAUUUCUCAAACUCUGAGGCUGUGGAGUUCGCACAUUGAAAUCUGUCAUCUUUUUCAGAGAGAAACUUUUUGUAAUGUAUGUAACCUUCUGUAAUGGAAGAUGAUUGAAGACAAGGGGCCUCGUGUUGCUGACUACUUUGUUGUAGCAGGAUUAACUGAUGUUUCAAAGCCUCUAGAAGAAGAAAUUCACUUCAACGAUGCUUGUCAUAAAGUAGCUAAACCAAAAGAACCUAUUACAGAUGUUUCAGUUAUUAUCAAAUCUCUUGGGGAGGAAGUCCCACGGGAUUAUAUUUGUAUCGAUAUUACCCCAACUGGAUUGUCAGCUGAUCUUAAUAAUGGAAGUCUUGUGGGGCCACAGAUUUACCUUUGCUAUAGAAGAGGAAGAGAUAAGCCUCCACUUACAGAUCUGGGGGUUUUAUAUGACUGGAAGGAAAGAUUGAAACAGGGUUGUGAAAUUAUUCAGAGUACUCCCUAUGGACGCCCCGCAAAUAUCAGUGGGAGUACCUCAUCACAAAGAAUUUAUAUCACUUACCGAAGAGCCUCUGAAAACAUGACUCAGAAUACAUUGGCUGUCACUGACAUAUGUAUUAUUAUACCCAGUAAAGGAGAAAGCCCACCACACACGUUCUGCAAAGUCGACAAGAAUCUCAAUAACAGUAUGUGGGGAUCAGCGGUAUACUUGUGUUAUAAAAAAUCAGUGGCAAAGACGAACACUAUAUCUUACAAAGCUGGCCUAAUUUGUAGAUAUCCUCAAGAAGAUUAUGAGUCAUUCUCACUACCAGAAUCCGUUCCUCUAUUUUGUUUACCAAUGGGAGCAACCAUUGAAUGUUGGCCAUCAAAUAGCAAAUACCCUCUCCCUGUAUUUUCUACAUUUGUUUUAACUGGAGCCUCAGCUGAAAAGGUUUAUGGUGCUGCUAUUCAGUUUUAUGAACCAUACUCUGAGGAGAAUCUCACAGAAAAACAGAGACUUCUUUUGGGUUUAACAUCAGCAGAUGGGAAGUCUGAUAGUUCCAAAACAAUUCAUACUAACAAAUGCAUCUGUCUUCUUUCUCACUGGCCUUUUUUUGAUGCAUUCAGGAAGUUUCUGACUUUUCUGUAUCGUUAUUCCAUCUCUGGGCCUCAUGUCCUUCCAAUUGAGAAGCAUAUUUCUCAUUUUAUGCAUAAAGUUCCUUUUCCAUCUCCUCAGAGACCACGGAUUUUAGUUCAGUUAUCACCACAUGAUAAUCUAAUUCUCAGUCAGCCUGUGUCUUCACCUCUUCCACUAAGUGGUGGCAAGUUUUCAACACUACUCCAGAAUUUAGGCCCUGAAAAUGCUGUGACACUACUGGUGUUUGCAGUAACAGAACAUAAAAUUCUUAUCCAUUCCCUACGGCCAUCCGUGCUUACUAGUGUGACAGAAGCAUUAGUGUCUAUGAUUUUCCCUUUCCACUGGCCAUGCCCGUAUGUUCCUCUCUGCCCACUGGCUUUAGCAGAUGUCUUGAGUGCACCAUGUCCAUUCAUAGUAGGGAUUGAUUCAAGAUACUUUGAUCUCUAUGAUCCUCCACCAGAUGUCAGUUGUGUUGAUGUAGAUACCAACACUAUUUCUCAAAUUGGUGACAAGAAAAAUGUAGCCUGGAAGAUACUUCCAAAGAAGCCAUGUAAAAAUCUGAUGAACACACUGAAUAAUUUGCAUCAGCAAUUGGCAAAAUUGCAGCAGAGACCGAGAGAUGAUGGACUAAUGGAUUUAGCAAUGAAUGACUAUGAUUUUAAUUCUGGAAAGAGGUUGCACAUGAUAGAUUUGGAAAUCCAAGAGGCAUUUUUGUUUUUCAUGGCCUCUAUUUUAAAAGGUUACAGAUCAUACUUAAGGCCAAUAACACAAGCCCCAUCUGAGACAGCCACAGAUGCAGCCUCUCUCUUUGCCCUACAAGCUUUCUUAAGAAGCCGGGACCGGUCACAUCAAAAAUUCUAUAACAUGAUGACCAAAACACAGAUGUUUAUUCGCUUCAUUGAAGAAUGUUCUUUUGUUAGUGACAAAGAUGCAAGCCUGGCAUUUUUUGAUGAUUGUGUAGAUAAAGUGGAUAUGGACAAGAGCGGUGAAGUGCGACUUAUAGAACUGGAUGAAUCUUUCAAAAGUGAACAUACUGUUUUUGUAACACCACCUGAGAUCCCCCACCUACCCAAUGGUGAAGAACCCCCUUUACAGUACAGCUAUAAUGGAUUUCCAGUUCUUAGGAACAAUUUAUUUGAAAGACCUGAAGGAUUUCUACAAGCAAAGAAGAACAAACUGCCUUCAAAAUCAAGUAGUCCUAAUAGCCCUUCGCCCAUGUUCAGAAGAACAAAACAGGAAAUUAAAUCAGCACAUAAAAUUGCAAAGAGGUACUCUUCCAUCCCUCAGAUGUGGUCUAGGUGUCUACUGCGCCACUGUUAUGGACUGUGGUUUAUUUGUCUCCCAGCUUAUGUGAAAGUCUGUCAUUCAAAAGUCAGGGCUCUGAAAACAGCAUAUGAUGUGCUUAAAAAAAUGCAGUCAAAGAAGAUGGAUCCACCUGAUGAGGUAUGCUACCGCAUUCUUAUGCAACUCUGUGGACAAUAUGAUCAGCCGGUGCUUGCAGUUCGAGUGCUUUUUGAAAUGCGGAAAGCUGGUAUUGACCCCAAUGCCAUUACUUAUGGUUAUUAUAAUAAGGCUGUUUUGGAAAGUACCUGGCCUUCAAGAAGUCGUAGUGGCUAUUUUCUCUGGACAAAAGUAAGAAAUGUUAUUUUAGGAGUAACGCAGUUCAAAAGAGCUUUAAAGAAACAUGCACACUUAUCACAAACAACUCUCUCAGAUGGCAGUGACCUGGAUGCUGUUAGUCAUGGCAGCAUGGAUAGUGGUCAUGGGACACACACUGUGGAGCAGGCACCUUUUAAUACGGGUUUAAUCAAAGUGUAUGCUACUGAUGAUAGAUCUAGUACAGGUGGCCAGUCUGAUCUUGGAUAUAAUUCAUUAUCUAAAGAUGAAGUUAGAAGAGGGGAUACAUCUACCGAAGACAUUCAAGAAGAAAAAGAUAAAAAAGGCAGUGAUUGUAGUUCCUUGUCAGAGAGUGAGAGUGCAAAAGGAAGUGCUGAUUGCCUUCCUAAGCUCAGUUAUCAGAAUUCUUCCAGUAUCGUUCGCCUCACUGGUACAAGUAACAACAGUGCUGAUAAAAUAUCAGGAGAAAGCAUGGAAAGCACACCUGAGCUGCUCUUAAUAUCAUCUCUUGAGGAUACAAACGGAACAAGAAACAUUCAAAGUAGAUGCUUCAGGAAAAGACAUAAAAGUGACAAUGAAACUAAUUUGCAGCAGCAAGUGGUCUGGGGAAAUAGAAACCGUAAUCUUAGUGGAGGGGUACUGAUGGGAUUUAUGCUCAAUAGAAUUAACCAGGAAGCCACCCCUGGAGAUAUAGUUGAAAAAUUGGGAGCUGAUGCAAAAAUUCUUUCAAAUGUUAUCUCAAAAAGCACAAGACCAAAUACUCUUGAUAUUGGGAAGCCACCUUUAAGAUCAAAAAGAGACAGUCUAGAAAAGGAAUCUAGUGAUGAUGAUACACCUUUUGAUGGUUCUAACUAUUUGGGAGAUAAAGUGGAAUCUCCUGUUAUUUUUGACUUAGAAGACUUAGACAGUGAAACAGAUGGAUCAAAAGCAGGAUGUGUUGCUAUGCAAAAUCCCAAGAGUAUUCAACGUAUGAACAGCAGCUUUUCAGUAAAACCUUUUGAAAAAACUGACGUUGCAACAGGAUUCGAUCCCCUCUCUCUUUUGGUUGCUGAGACUGAACAGCAGCAAAAAGAAGAAGAGGAGGAGGAUGAAGAUGAUAGCAAAAGCAUUUCAACACCAUCUGCUAGGCGUGAUUUAGCUGAAGAAAUUGUGAUGUAUAUGAAUAAUAUGAGCAGCCCUUUGACAAGUCGUACACCAAGCAUUGAUUUACAACGGGCAUGUGAUGAUAAAUUAAAUAAGAAAAGUCCACCAUUGGUCAAGGCAUGCAGAAGAUCUAGUCUGCCUCCUAAUUCUCCUAAGCCAGUGAGACUUACCAAAUCUAAAAGUUACACAAAAAGUGAGGAGAAGCCAAGGGAGAGACUUUGGUCUUCUCCAGCCUUCUCACCUACUUGCCCAUUUAGGGAAGAAUCUCAGGAUACAUUAACCCACUCAUCACCUUCAUUUAACUUAGAUACACUACUAGUACCUAAACUAGAUGUUCUAAGAAACAGUAUGUUCACUGCUGGAAAAGGAGUUGCAGAGAAAGCAAGCAAAUGGUAUUCAAGAUUCACCAUGUACACCACAUCAUCUAAGGAUCAAAGUUCUGAUCGUACCAGUCUUUCUUCAGUGGGAGCCCAGGAUUCUGAAUCUACCUCUUUAACAGAUGAAGAUGUCUGCCAUGAGUUGGACGGAGCUACCUCCUCUCAAGAGACCAGUGCUACUUCAGGGACUAAGAGAAUUGAUCUCAGCCGAAUAAGCCUGGAAAGUUCUGCAUCCUUGGAAGGUUUGUCCAAACAGUUCUGUCAUGCUGCAUUUGAUUUCAAAUCUAAACUGCAGGAAAAUUUUUGUGCCCGAAGUAUUCAGAUCCCUGCUAAUAGAUCAAAAACAGCUAUGUCAAAAUGUCCGAUAUUUCCAAUGGCCAGGAGUAUUAGUACUUCUGGCCCCUUGGAUAAGGAAGAUACUGGAAGACAGAAGCUCAUUUCUACAGGCAGCCUGCCAGCUACUUUACAAGGAGCUACAGAUUCUUUAGGUUUAGAAUGGCAGCUUCCAAGUCCCGAUCCUGUCACUGUUCCAUAUCUUAGUCCUUUAGUGGUAUGGAAGGAACUUGAAAGCUUAUUGGAAAAUGAAGGUGAUCAUGCAAUAACAGUGGCAGACUUUGUGGACCAUCAUCCAAUUGUUUUUUGGAACCUCGUAUGGUAUUUCAGACGUCUUGACUUGCCGAGUAACUUACCUGGAUUGAUUCUUUCUUCUGAGCACUGUAACAAGUAUUCAAAGAUUCCCCGCCACUGUAUGUCUGAAGAUAGCAAAUAUGUUUUAAUACAAAUGUUGUGGGACAAUAUGAAGUUACAUCAGGAUCCAGGACAGCCCUUGUACAUUCUCUGGAAUGCACACACCCAGAAAUAUCCAAUGGUCCAUUUAUUGCAAAAAAGUGAUAACUCAUUUAACCAGGAACUGUUGAAAAGUAUGGUAAAAAGCAUUAAAAUGAAUGAUGUCUAUGGACCAAUGAGUCAGAUUUUAGAGACACUGAAUAAGUGUCCACAUUUUAAAAGACAGAGGAGUUUAUACAGAGAAAUACUGUUUCUCUCACUUGUGGCACUAGGAAGAGAAAACAUUGAUAUAGAUGCUUUUGAUAAAGAGUACAAGAUGGCGUACGAUCGUCUCACACCUAGUCAAGUCAAGAGUACACACAACUGUGAUAGACCGCCAAGUACGGGGGUGAUGGAAUGUCGAAAAACCUUUGGAGAACCUUAUCUUUAAGAUGUAUUUGUAUGUGUAUUCAAUGUAUAUUGUAUAGUCAGUGUAUAAAAUAACACUUUUAGACUCUAAAUAUUUUUUCUUCAAUUUUUGAAAAUACAAUUUGUAAAUGGUUCAAAAGACUCAGACAGCUUAUGUACAGAAUGUUUGAAGAAGAGAAUAGUGACAAGUGGGGAGAAAGCCACUUGGUUUCUCGUUUCUUUUUUUCUUCUUCUUUAACUCCCCUGUAAUAGGAAAUAAAGUAUUUUUGUGAUGAGGAAAUCCCUAAACAAAAUUAGUUGCCAUAAAAUAUGACACCCGUUUUAUGGUUUCUCUUGGAAGAGACAGAUUGAAAAAUCAUGAAUAGAAUCUAAACAGAAAUGUCAGAUGAAAGUAUUUCCUGUUUUCAUAGACUAUUCAAAUGUUUUGACCAUGAAAUUGUAUUAUACAUAUUUUAAAUUGUUUAUAGUAAGUUGAUAUUUUUUUAAUUUUAAAAUUUAAUAUAGCAAACUUAAAAUGAAUUUAAACUUAAGCAAGCAAGCGUGUAUUUUCCUUGUCUGCUGCUAUUUGAAGUAAUUAGUACAGCUGCAGAUCUCUCUGUGUAUAUCUAUCUAUUUUUUUUUUAUUACUUGGGAGAAUGAAUUUUAAAAUGUCAGUGCUAGUGUCAGUGUUGUCCUAGGAUUGCAUGUUAGUACCCCUAAGCCUGAGUGCAGUCAUGCAAGGGUAGCGUGCACUGCUCAGACUGACUCAUGGAGCCUUGUGCAAGGACAGCCAGAGAGGUUCACUAUACCACGACUCCAAAAUUGUCUCUAUUGCUAAUAGAUGCAUAUAGUAUACAGGGAAAAUAGCUUAUAAAUUCAAAUAUCAAUUUAAAUUUUAAUAUUCUACAUGAAAAAUUAUGUUGGGAAAAUGCAGACAAGUGAUUAUAUUCUAAAUUUUACCCUUAUUUUAAUGUCUAAAAUACUGGGUAUGAUGCAAAUUAUACUAAAGAAUAGUUACCUGAAAUAUGAGUUACUGGGGUAUUCCAUUAAUACUAUACAUAAAUAUUCAGAAUUUUUUCCAAAAGUAGAAAAAUUCCCCUCUAAAAGUACAGCCAGAUAGACUGUCCUCCAUAUUGAGGAACUUAGUUUUUUCAGCAAGCUUCAGAAUCUGAAGUCUGUAGAAUCUAAAAUACAGAAAUAUCCAGAAAUCAGACAAUAAAUUGAAAGUUUAGACAUCAUGAGUAUUAAAUAGGCUUUAAAAAUGUAUUUUUAGUCAUAUUAUUUCUAAUGUCACUUUCUUUGGGUAAUUUCUGGUAAGGAAAAACAUCUUUUGGCCGCUAGAAUUAUUUAUAGAUUUUCAAUAUGUGUGUGUGUUUGCACACAUUACAUUAGUGAAGGAAUUCCCUAGCCAGUUUUAAAGAAGGAAAAAAUGGAUAGUCCCAAAUUAGGUGUGUAAAGCCAGUAGAGUCCACGACACUUGGUCUGGAGGUAUCUUGGAGUCCUGAGACUUAGAAUCAGUUCAGCUGCAGAAAAACCCACCUUUUGAGUUCACACCAUUAGUGAAUAGCACCAAGCUGAAACAUUUCACAGCUUUCAACUCUGGGAAAUAAUGGAGAGAAUUUAAAAAUGUAAAACUUCAGUUAGUUUGCGGGCUGAACUUGUUUACUUGAAAAAUCUGGUGCUAGGCACAUGUAUCUGCCUCUCCGUUGUAAAUACCACUCCAAUCUUAUUUACUGUUCAUAUCUAAGCUUCAUGUUCUAUUUGUUCUUCAUGUUCUUUAAAUCAUUUGAAAGUUGUCAACUGAGAGAAACAUUUGAGAGGGGAGGCUUUUGGCACUGGUGAUAAACAUCCCUCCAAGAGAACCCUCUGGGGUUCUCUUCUAUUUGUGGUUGGUUGUCUUUAUUCUCUUUCAAAAACAGCUUUCAUUGUUGUUUACUUUUUGUGUAAUACAAACAAAAUGUAGGAAUCAUAGUUUAUUGAUUUCAAAUGGCUGACAAAACAAAAGAAUGAGAUAAAACCAUUCUUUAUGGUUUUAAGAUUCAGACUCAUUUGGAAAAGCGAAUGUAAUUUUUACCUCCUCCUUCCACCCCAAGUUUUCUUUCUGCUUUUGGAGAGGGUUAUAUUUCCCCUAAUUUUAAUCCCCAGGGAAUAUUAUUGCACAGAUUUAGUCUUUUAAAAUAAAACCUAAAACAUGAAUACAAAGUGGUAAACCUGUUCAAAAGAAAAGUACAAUGUGAAUCAUUCUUGAGCUGGGUGUAGUAGCUUAUGGAGGCAUGUAAUCCCAGCACUUUGGGAGGUCAAGGCAGGGAGGAUUGCUUGAGUCCAGAAGUUCGAGACCACCCUGGGCAACAUAGAGAGACCCUGUCUCUACACAAAAAUUAUAAAAAUUAGCUCGGCAUGGUGGCUCAUGCUUGGUAAUCCCAGCUACUCGGGAGGCUGAAGCAGGAGGAUCACUUUGAGCUUGGGGGUUUGAGGCUGCAAUGAGCUGUGAUCACGCCAUUGCACUCUAGCCUGGAUUACAGAGCAAGACCCUGUCUCAAAAAAAAGAAAACAGAAAAUAUCAAUCAUUUAAAAUAACUCUAUAUAAACUUUUCUUCUAUUUUCUGUUAACCGUACAUUUUGGAGAAUAAUGGCCAAUCAUGUUGGAGAGAAAUACCCUUUUGCUACAUCAUCUUUUAUUUUCUUACUCUUAGUUUUGUUUACAUGUUUAAAUGGUUGACAAUAAACCAUGUCCUGUGCUGA